AUGUCUGACUCUUCCUCUUUCUGUAUGCUUCUGAUCACCAUUGUUCUCUCGCUGCUGCUGUCGGUUCCCGGCGCUGAGUGCCGAAGAUUUCGCCUGCCCGGAGCUGAGGGGCGAUACCUGACUACGGAGGAGCGCUGGUUUAAUCAGACGCUCGAUCACUUCGCCCCCGCGGUAAUGUUCUUGUAGCCAGCCUUUUGGCACAAUGUUCGAAACUUUACCCACAGUUCCUAUGGGGUAGUUUCUUUACUUCUGUUCUGUGCGGUGGAUGGCCUCAUCUAGCAUCCGUGAUUAUAUUUUACAUUCAAAAAAGUGUGGACACAUUAAGAAUUCAAUGAAAAAAAGCGUACCUGUUUAAUCCAUCCGAGGGAAUAUCCUGUCACAUAGCAGUCCUCAAAUUGGAUCGGAAACUGCUUAUCGUGAACUGUUUUGAACAGUCUUUUUUUUCUUAGAUUAAAUUGGAUCUUAAUCACUGCUUCCCUAAAAAAUUUGUCUGCUUUUGUUGGCACCUAUGUUUGCUGUCCACAGAAUCUAUUUUUCCUCCAUCUUCUCCUCGAUCUCCUUCUUCAACCCGUAUUGUUUUUUAAGUCCUUAGAUUGCGUUUAAACCAUUAAACUCGGGAUACUAUCAUUGGAAAUAUGAUCAAGUUUGCAUAUUGUCGUCCAGUCUAUAGUGUGGGCGUUCUUUACAUUACAUCAAAGCAUCAACUUUAUUGAUGUAAUUAUCUUCUUUAAAUUCCCAUUCAGGAGGGUUAAUUUCAUUUUCAUUGGAGAAAAUCUUGAUGAAAGUGAGCCAACAUUGUAUAAUGAUAUUAUUAGGGGGUGAAAUGCUGUUGUUCAGUGUUCUGGCAGUUGUGUGUGCUCACUUCACUCUGUAAAAUAAAUUAGAUAAUGUGAGGGGUAUGUGGCUCACUAUGAAACUUUGGACCCUGUAAGAAUCUAGGAAACAUGGAAACCUUCUCUUCGCCACUCAUGCACACUGCAAAGAUUUAAAGAAUUUCAUAACCAUAUGUUCCAAGAUAUUAUCACUGGUUUUUAUGAUAUGUAAAUGUAGAUAUAUUGGCACUGACAUUUACAACUUACAUCUGUUCGUCUGACAUGAUCUCAUAGAUUCUUAUACCUGCCUAGAUGAUAUAUUUUAUUGAUUUAUUUUUGACAUCACACACUUUGCACUCCCAGUCUGUUUUAGAUCUAAUGUCAACAUCCACUCAAAGGAGCACAAAUUCUUUCUAUUCCUUUUGCAUAUGCAACAACGUUUUCUUUCCACCUACCUUUUCCCUUAAUUUACCAUCCAUCAUGGUUUCAGAGAACGGAUGCAUCUUAGCACAUAUGACGAGAAUUGGCUUUCCAUCCGAAUGUUCCUGUUAGUUUCAAGUUCUGUCAAAGCGAUAAUUCGUCAAAUUGGAAGAUUUAUCCCAUGCCAAAAAAAUUUUACACUGGACGCUGGUUGAUUCGUGUUAGAUGUUUCGGUGCUCCUGAUGCACUGACAUUUGAGGAGUGAAUCAUCAUCUGUGUUUUGUACUUUGGCUUGCCGUUGUCAUUUAGACGAUGCUGAUAAUGAUUUUCUCUGAAGUUGUUUAAUAUCCUGAUAAUGACUCUGCUAUUGAUGCAUCUGAUUAUGUUGUGGUCAGAUAAUUUCAAGGAAUAUUUUUAUUAGUGGGGUUAUCUUUUGAGGAUCAAAACAAAAUGUCCCCCUUCUACGCAAUUCAUUCUCUCAUUAAUGGAUUUUUAUACUUUCUAAUAUUUCUGGAGGGCAUAUUUCAGGAUCAUCGUCAAUUCAAGCAGCGUUACUAUGAGUUUCUAGGUUAUGUUCAAGAUCCUCAAGCACCCAUAUUUUUGAUAAUUGGGGGUGAGGGCACAUCUCGUGGGAUAUCAAACAAUUAUAUUGCUGUAAGUUACUAAUGUUUUUACAAUCACAGUCCUACCACAUUCAGUAUAUUAACUAGCUUUUAUUCUGUCAUAUGAAACGGUAGGUAGGAGUAAUUUGAGUGACUUAUGGAUAAAUUGAAAUCAACUUCAAUUUAGACGAUUUCGAUUUUUAAUUAUUCAUUUUUCUUGCUUUUAUGGAUCAUUGAUUAUUAUUUCCUGUUGUCACCAUCCUGGAUAAAAUUAUCAAUGAUUUUUUUUAUGCUGCAUUUCCCGAAUCAGGUUUUAGCCAAGAAAUUUGGUGCUGUUAUUCUUUCUCUUGAGCAUCGCUACUAUGGGAAGAGUUCCCCUUUUAAGUUUCAUACAACAGAAAAUUUGAGAUAUCUCUCUUCCAAGCAGGCUCUUUUUGAUUUGGCUAUUUUCCGUCAAUAUUAUCAGGUACAUCUUCUCCAUUAUGCCUUUGAUCUGUACUUAACUCGUCUAUUUUCCAUCAGUAUUACGAAAAUUCCUUGUGUUUUCGGAUACUGUUGAUAUUUUUUUCCUAAAAUUUGCGAUAUUUGUCUUGAUAGAUGGAUACUAUAACUUAUACGACAUCUUGUGAUUCCAGAUUCUCAACGUUUUAGAAGGUUUGCUUUAUCUAAGAAAUUAGUUGAAAUGAUCGUGAUGCUGGGUGCAUGCCGAUUACCAUAGGUCAAAGAAGACAAGCUAUAUCCCCCCAGUCCACAGAGCAAGUCUGUUUUUAGCAUUUACAGGGUCUAGCACAAGUUGUGUUUGAAGGCCAGCCACAGAUGUGGGUCUACUCCCCUUUAGUGUAGUUGGAUAAAAUGUUGAAUGCCUAUGGCCUUCGGAAGUGGGUCUGAUUUAUGAUUGGGUCUUUUUGAGUUGGGCAAUAUCCUGAUCCAGACACAGGGAGACUAUGUUAUACGAAGCCCAAUUUAGCCCGACUUUUGGUCUGCUCCAAUUUUGAGUGAAUCUUUUUCUUCGGUUGUUUUAAUGACCCAUGAAUCUUGAUCCAGUUGACUUUCUUUAUGUAUAAUGCAAGGUUGGCUGACGUAGUAUUGCAUUAGGACUCAUAAAUUAAACAAGUUGAGUGAGGUCGUAUUGGGAUUUGACGUCAACUCACAUUAUGGAUUGAUAAAACUCUUUACAACUAGAGAUUAUCUUCAAAAAAGUUUAGAAAUAUAGCUCUCUUUUAUGUUCAUGAAUUCGGUGAAUUUUUUCCUAGCAUCCACAAGAAUCUUUGGGAGCCGAUAGGCAGAUCUUUAGCAUAAUUAGAAGCAUUUAAAAAAUAGAAUUUGAGAGCCUGGAGGGACGCUGAAAUUAGAGAACACAUCUCUUUUACAAUAACAACUCCAGAUUUCAAUUGAAAAUCUCAAGAUUUAUGGAAUAUAUUCACCAAGGGCUUUUUUUUGACACAAUUUUAGGUUAAUCUAACAGAUGUCAUUCCAUUCAGAUACCUGAAUGGAUCAAUUGAGGAGAGAUUGUAGCUAUUCAGUCCAAUAGGAUCUGCAAAGCAUGUUGGGAAUUACUGAGGUACACAGUUUGAUGCUUCUGCAAUCAACCUGAAUCCAAUAAAAAAUGUUUGAUACCCUCCCAUGAUUGACUGUAAGCAGCUGAAGCAGAAAAAUACCAUGUUUUGUCUAUAAAUUGGAAUUAUUUAAAUGGUAUUUACAUUAUCAGCCAUAUUGGCCUGUACGGCUGAUCAUUUGGGAUAGCUAGACCAAUUAGCUGUAAAAUUCAGCCUUUAAAUCCUUGCCUGAAGUGGACCUUCUUAACACUGAGGACAACCCGAAUAGAGAAUGGUCAACGUUAAACCUUAUCCAAAUUGAAAUCUUUCUAUUCGUUCGUACAAGUUCUUAUUCUGAUGAAUGUUUUGCCAAAAUAUAAACCAUUCAACAUCUCUUUCAUGAUACACAUAAUAAUUUUUUUUGGAGGCUAAUAUUUCAUUAAAAAAAAAAUCAUCUGUAUUGUGUGACUCCAAAGGAUCCGUCCUAAUUUCAAAGAAAGAAAUUUUCCUUUCAAUUAUUAUGCACUCUUGUACGAAAAGAAUUAGGUUGACUGUUCCUCUGAAUGAUAGUAAAAACAUACUGGCAUGAGAUUCUAUUUCUGUUUGAAACGAUUGGAGAAGCCUGAUCCUAACUUUGAGCAACUGCUGGCAAUCACUACCAUCAAUUUUAAAGUUUCUACCAGGAAUUACUGAACAAAUGUGUCAGACGCAGGGAACAUGAUAAUGGAAAUCUUUAAUACAUAAGAAGGGAGCCUCAAUUAAAUGAUGCUUUGAACUACAAUUCAAUCUUAAACGUACUUUAUUGCACCCUAUGACGAUAUGACUUAGGUUAUCUAUCUCCUUGAUUGACGCGAUUUUCUCCAAGCCCAACAGUGCGGGAAGUCUUACCUAUGACUUCACCAUCUUAUUUUAUAUAAAUUAUUAUUUAUUGGCCUUGCCAAGUACCUAUGACUUCACCAUCUUAUUUUAUAUAAAUUAUUAUUUAUUGGCCUUGCCAAGUACUCAAGUCCUGCUUUCUGGGCCGAUACCAAUUAUUGCCUCUUAAUGAAGAUGACUUAUUGGUUCUUUCUUCCACCACUAUCAUGUUAUCUCUCACCUUGAGGUUCAUCAACAGAACCAGGAGAAUUUUAGGCUUAACAUACCCUUAUUAUUCUCGUUGUAUCUCCUCUGUAAUUUCUUAUCAAAUGUAAUACGUUGAUUGUCUAGUGGUAUGAUCUUGGAGAAAGAAGAUAAGAAGACAAUGAUUACAAGUUUGUCAUGUUCUUGAUGUAAAUCAUUGUAUUAUCUUCUUGAAUAAAAUGAUUAUCUUCGUAUGAUUAGGGUAUAUUAGAAUCACAUCAAGUGCUUAGUUCUAGGUUAUAAUGAUUGUCUUAUGAUAUUAUCCAAUAUAUUUUUCAUGUUUUACAACGUUUUUUCUUUAUCAUGAUUUUACAGGAGUCGGUGAAUACCCGAAACAAUAUCUCAGAUACGGAAAAUCCCUGGUUUGUUUUUGGCGGUUCAUAUUCUGGAGCUUUAAGUGCCUGGUUUCGGCUUAAGUUUCCUCAUUUGACAUGUGGAAGUCUAGCAAGCUCAGCAGUUGUUCAAGCUGUUUACAACUUCACUGAUUUUGACGAGCAGGUUCUGACAUAUACAUACAAUCCUUGACAAAUGCUUCCUUUAACUCAUUUGCCAUCUUCAUUAUUUCAAUCAUGCUAAGAUUUACUUCAAAUUGUUCCUCUUUUAUGAUUUAUCUGUGUUGAGGUACAUUUUUUUUUGUCGUUUCAUUUAAUCACUUUGUUGCAUGUUAGAAUACAGUUUUCCUUGAUUGCUUUUUAGUUUCUGACUCUAGAUUGGAGAGUCAGCUGGUCCUGAAUGUAAAGCUGUGCUUCAAGAAAUAUCCAAACUUGUUGACGAAAAGCUGUUAGCUGAUCCAGGUGCAGUGAAAGGCAUGUUUGGAGCAUCUAAGGUACUUAUAAAGUUCUUUUUGGAAGCUUUAGGUGAAGCUUCCACUAGUGCAUAGUCUGAUACUUUAUGAUGCCAUUAAACAAUAGUCUCUUGAACUUCUCAUUAAUGAACUGAUUGAGGAUUGCAGUUAAAGAAUGAUGUUGAUUUCCUGUAUCUGCUUGCUGAUGCUGCUGUUAUAGCGGUAUGAAUGAUUGAUUCAAACUUAAUGAGUACCUUACAACUAUGCAAAUAAUAAUAUCUAAAUGUUUAGUUGAAUGUAAGAAAGUUUAUCCUGGCAAUGCAGUUUCAGUAUGGGAACCCAGAUCGUUUGUGCUCCCCGGUCACAGAAGCCAAAAAAACAGGGAAAGAUUUACUGGUGAGUCACUAUCACGGUAACACUUAAUAACUUACUGUGCAAUGGGUUCAUCACUGGAAAAGAUGUAGUGCCUAUAUUUCGUUGAGUUGUAGUUGUGAUGAUUAUAUGCUCUGCGUAGUAACCUUUUCAAUACCAUAAUUUCUCUUCAUGUCAACUUUAGAGGCAUAAUUUAUGAACUUCGCCUAUGUGUUUUCCCUUUAUACAUUUUAUUUUUACUGAUUGUGUUGGAGGACAAGCUUGCAUAUCUGAUGUAUGGGCAAAGUGAUCGGAGAUGGAAAGAUACACAUCAACAUUAGAGGGAAGUCCCAGGGAGUCCCUAAAUGUGAUGGUUCCAACAUCAGCAACAAAGCCCCAGAUUGAGAAAUUCUGCAAUUGUAAUGAUAGCAAUGGAGAAGAAAACUACAUUCCCUCAUUAGGGACAGCUGGGUUCAUUUUGAGGUUGCUGCUUUGGAGGAAGACAGAGAAUUGUUAGGGACUUGUUCAUGAAACAUGGAUGAGGAAAAAAAUGUCAGAAUCAUCAAUACUUGAAUAUUAGGGCGUUCAGUUUCCAGAAAGUUGACCCGGUGCCUCAUCUAGGACAAACCUGUGGCCUAACGCUAUAAAAGCUCCAAACAGCAGUCCCUGACUUAUAGAGAAAUGAUAUUCUGAAUUUAAAAUUCUGGCCGGAUGUUUCCUGUCACGAUUACAACUAAGUGCUAGGUAGGAGAAUCACCACAGAAGAUACAUCGACCAAAUUCAAAGGCACGGGAGGAAAUAAAUUGUGCACCUUGUAGAUCCUUAAGGACAGCAGGGAUCAUCAAAAUGUUCUUUUCACUUUUUUCAGAGCUAUCGUAGGGGCUCUUUUUCUAUCCUUACCCUUUCGAUCGGGGAAGAUUUCAAUGGCAAAGAGGUUUUUAGGGCUUCGACUCUGCUUCUUUCCUCGUUUAUUCAGGUAGCUGCUGCAGCUAAGAUUGCUGCUCCCCUCGUCUUCCCACUUAGUUGGGAUGCAGAACGUGCAAGACGGUGAAGAAUUAUAUGUUGAUCACCGAUGUCUCCCUAUCGUUUUAUGUGGGAGUAGGCUCUCUGGAAUUAACAUUCGUGCUGUUAGUGUUCACUUGUUGCAUGAGUGCUUUGAUCAUUUGAUUUGGUAAUCCAAAUCUUAUAGUUAUUGAAAAAAGGCAUUUUAUUAGUAGUGUUAACCGUAGAAGAUUCAAAUAAACUUGUGAAAAAAAAAAUUAGUCCCUGCAACCAAAAAAUUGCCCUGAUAGACUAAAAGCUUCCAUUUCCUCGUUUUCUUAUUCCAAAUCAAGGCGAAUCCUCCUCCCUAUGAUGGAGCUAAAUUCAAUCAAGAUUCAUUAUCCUGAAAACCAGUGCCAGUCUUGUUGCGUGGAACUAAGAAAGCUGAAUAAUGUCUAUGACGUACUUAUUUCAUCAGAAUGAAGAGAGACCAACUUAGGCUUUAUAGUCAAAUAUGUGUUAGAACAAGAUUUGGAUCCAUGACUGACUCCUUUUCAGGAAGCAUAUGCUGACUAUGUGAAGGACUACUACUUGGGAAGUUUUGGCGCGACAAUCCAAACAUAUGAUCAAGAGAAUUUAAAGAAUGUCUCUGUUGGUGAUGGCAGUGGUAACGUGCUUUUUGACUUUCAAGUGCUGUGUAUCUCUCCUUUCGCACAAGAGAAAAUUGAUGUGUCAUAUUUUUGCUAAAAUUUAUUGGGUUGAUUUUAUCAAUUGUACAAUCCACUUUUUAGUUACCUUUUUCUUGUCUCUCAGCUGACAGGCUAUGGUGGUUCCAAGUUUGCACUGAAGUUGCUUACUUCCAGGUUGCACCAUAUAACGACAGUAUCCGGUCUCCAAGGAUUGACAUAAAGUAUGCACUUACCAUAUAUUCUGCUAACUCGAUUCGAUCAGAUAUAUUAUAACUGAGGGCGGUUGUGGCAAUCGAUCAUGUUUCAAAAAUGCAAAAACAAGUUUCGGACUCGUAAACCUGAAAGCAUAUUUACAUGUAUAGCACACUUUGACUAGUCACCUGUUGGUGGCCGUUCCGCGUGACCACUUCUUAUUUUUCGUUCUAUCACAGAGUGUUCUAGCCUGGGACUGCAACUUUUCAAGUGAAAGUCACAGCAUCGUUUGAAUUUUAGAUCUAGGGUAAUUAAAGUUGAAGUAUAUCUCCUUGGCUGGAAAUAUGGUUGGGAACCCCUGCUUUUAUUCUCAAUCAAUCAGUUCCAUGAACUGUGCAUGUGAAGGAUGCAAAUAAUGUGGCCAUUCUGUGAUAUCACUAGAUCAUGUAAUUUGCGCAUGUGUACAUACUCUGCUUGUGCUGCUGUAAUCUUCUGCAACACGUACAUGUGUAUCACGGAUGUACACACUCAAAUAUGCAUGCAUUUAUGGGCACCCAAAGAGAUACGUGUUUAUCAAUAUUUUAUUUCCAAUGUCUCAAGAAAUUAUUUGGUUUUGUUGCAGUUAUCACUUGGAUCUUUGUAAGAAUGUUUUUGGAGAUGGAGUCUACCCUCAGGUGGAGAUGACCAACAUAUACUACGGCGGCACAAAGAUUGCUGGUUAUUUCUUUAUCCUCUGAGUUUUGCUAUUACUUCUAUGGAAAACUUCCCGCUAAAUCUGUUCUAUAGAAAUACUGCGUUAUCCAAAAAGAAUUACUUGGUCCCUUAAAACUUACUGCAUUCUUUAUUGAAGGGUUUCAUUUCAUUAAAUUACUUUGUUUUAUAGUAUAGGUCCAGAAUGAAUAUGUUUGGUAAAGUUCUCACAGGAAUUUACUGAGACGCAUUAUGUAAUACUGUGAAAAGGUGCAUCUAUAAAUUCCUUAGAAACUUGUUGAAUCGAGUUGAGGUCCUUAUAUCCAUUUUAUCUUUCUGGUUAGAAGGAAACUACAAUGUUCAUUUGAAAAUCAUCAAGUGUGUGUCAUGGAAGACCUUUUAUGUGUUUUUCGUUGGAUACUGUUAUUUUUAUUUGUUGUUCUGAUUUUAUCCUUUUCGCUGUAUAUGGUCUCUAAUUCAUGUAGAUAUAGAGAACACUAACAUAAUUUUUUGUUGAAUUUUGAUGAUUGCAGAGCAAGUUGUUCCCUAAAUCUCAACUUAAAGAAGUAGCUACCUCCAUUUUGUAUUGCUCAAAUUUUUCCUCAUUUACACCGAUCUCCAUAACUUUUCAUCAAGAUAUUUGUGCAUAUCCACUAUUACAUCACAGAUAGAUUUUUAUUUUUAUUUUUAAUCUGGACAGGCCUUUCUCCUCCUUGAGUGACCGUUUUGGCUGGUCCAGGUUCCAUAUCUAAUUUAGAAGGUCAUGCUUUGCUAUGUACAAAACUCUUUAUUCUUCAGAAGAUCUUAGAAUUCAGGUUGGCCUAAAAGAAUAUUAAGUAGUCACACCUAUGCUGAAACAUCAAUAAUUAAGCCAUUCUUUCUGUAUCUUGUCAUUGUGUAAAAUAUAAUUGCUUUCUGUUGAUCGAUAAAGAACUUCAAGAAGGAAAUAAGUUAAUGCUUUUUAUUCAAAUUUAAAUUUACCAGCCAUUAUUAUUAUUAUUAUUAUUAUUAUUAUUAUUAUUAUUAUUAUUAUUAUGAUCAUGGUUUCUGUGCACAUCAAUUACAUGUUAUCUUAUGAAUGGUGCAGGUUCUAGGAUAAUUUUUACAAAUGGUUCUCAGGAUCCAUGGCGCCAUGCUUCCAAGCAGAAGUCGUCUAAAAACAGUGAGUCUCACCAUGCAUUCUGUGGAAAAUAUCACUGAUCCAACUACAUAGCAAUAUGUAAAUUUGAAAAAAAAAUCGUUGUGCCCUUGACCUUCGUGAGUAAUCCUGCAAUAUUGAGAUGUAAUGUAAUCCGACUGUAGUGAGAAUUGAAAGAAUGUUUGGAGAGUAAAGAUGAAGAAUUAUCUAGAAAAUAAGCCUGAGCAAUUACAAUGAUAGCGAAUGAUUAAUCACGUCGUAUUUCUUGUUCGAGAAAAAAGUUGAUUUUGGAUUUUCGUAAAAACGUACUUCUUCGGUCCAUGCAUAUUAUCAUGCACGCAAUUUUCCUUUUUUUUUAUUCUCUCCAUAUUUCAUGAAUAAUAAUCAACUUUUAUUCAUUUGCUACGUCUGUGCUCAUUCCAUCUUUUACUGUUCUUAAUCUUAUUAAUAAAGUCCUUCCCUAUUUGCAAACAUUCAGUGCCUUCAUAUACCAUCAAAUGCCAUAACUGCGGCCAUUGCAGUGAUUUGAGUGGAUGUCCUCAGUCUCACUUCAACAUGAAAGGUGAGUCUUUAUUUCAUGAAAAAUAUAAAUCGUUGACUCUGUGGUCCAAAAAAAUGUCAUACUGUGAUUCUUUCGAUUGAAUUGAUCAGACUCAUACACAGGACUUUCAAUUUAAGUGGGACCUGACCUGUCAACAGAGUGCCAAAAGGUUUAUAAAUGGGUUUAUGGAAUCUAAUUUAAAAGUGGUAAAGGUCAGCAAAGAGUAUGUCAAUCACAACUCCCCUCGCCCCCCCACCAAACACACACAAGAUUUUGGGUAAUAUUUUUAAAUAUCCCAUGGUAAUUCGUCCCUGCACUAAGGGUGGAGAACUGAUAGCAAACCCAGGUUAGGUUUUGGUUCAGUUUUAAUAUUUCUGGUAUCCUUCACUCACUCGACCUAAAUUCAUGAUGUCGUGGCAUAUGGCCACUAAUAGCCUCAUUCUUUGUUUUAAGUGAUGCUUCAAAUAAUGUUAUUUAUGUCCUUACCUUCUUCAGGGAGUUCAGAAAACUGCACAUCUCCUGAAGCGGUUGAAAAAGUGAGAGCGCAGAUCAUAGAACACAUGGACCUGUGGCUUUCGCAGUGUCAAAAUACAGGUAAACGUUGUACUACCUGGUUGUUUAUGAUCAUUAUUUAA